AAACGGUACGUUUCUUUCGGAGAAGCUAAGCUAGCUCUAAACCCAACAGCUCUCUUACGCUGAAACCCUAAAACCCCAUUUUCACCCACACAUGCGUGGAUCUUUCCUCUCCUUUUUCUUCGAAACCCUAAUCUUCGCCCCCGUUUAUAUUAUUUAUCGAUCCUUCGUACCCCCAAAACUCUCAAUAGCACUCUCUCCUUCUUUCCUCUGAUUCUCGCUUCACAAUUUUCCACCCGCGUUUCUGUUAUCAUCUGCAGGGCCAUAUCAUCAUUGAAAUUUUGUGAAGUUCUUGACCUGUGUUAAGUUUUCGUAUAAUGGCUUCUUCCUUGGAUAUGUCACUUGAUGAUAGAAUAAAGAACAGAAGUAACAGAGGAGGUAGAGGUAGAGGAGGACGUGGCAGAGCCCAGUCUGGCCGUGGGCCAAGCGGGUCUCUUAAUGGUGGAAGAAUGGCCGGUGCUGUUAAUGGUAGAAGAAUGACUGGUGCCGGUAAUGGUGGAAGAACAUCUGGUGCUGUUCGUAGAGGUCCUCUUAUGGUUAACACUCGGCCAUCAUCAUAUGCUAUUGCCAAGUCUAUUCGCAGAACUAGGCCCUUUCCAUGGCAGCAUGAUUUGUUUGAAGAUAGCUUAAGAGCUGCAGGGAUUCAAGGAGUAGAAGUUGGCACCAAGUUAUAUGUUUCCAACUUGGAUCAUGGAGUAACCAAUGAAGACAUAAGGGAACUUUUCUCUGAGCUUGGAGAGUUGAAGCGUUAUGCUGUUCAUUAUGACAAAAAUGGACAUCCAAGUGGUUCGGCUGAAGUUGUUUAUACUAGAAGAAGUGAUGCAUUUGCUGCUCUUAAACGAUAUAAUAAUGUGCUUUUGGAUGGAAAGCCCAUGAAGAUUGAGAUUGUUGGUUCCAACGCAGAAUUGCCCGUUAGUGCUCGGGUGAAUGUCACUGGGGUGAAUGGACGUAGGAAGAGGACUGUUGUAAUGACUUCCACUCCUCCCAAGACAAAGGCAAACAUGUUAACGCUCCUGCUCUUCUUCUGUGCUAUGUUGCUGCGCAUGGUUUCAGCUGUUGAUUACCAAGUACCGCCAACUUAUGGUACUUAUGUGGAGAAUGUGCUUGGUUUACUAUUUUCAUGUCAGCCACCAAAUGAGAAUCUUAGAGCCUCUGCCGCCGCUGCCUCUGUUCUUCCUAAAAUAUUCCAGUGGCCUAAAAUAUUGUUCUACCCGUGGAUCAACCACCAGGAUAAACCCAAUGGUUUCAAAAUCAUAGUGUUGAUACCAGUUGAUUGAAAUGGUUCAAUGUCUGAAAGAAAUUGCUGUGCCAAUCUGAUAGCUGCUCUGUACUAAAGUUAGGGUAUAGAAUAGAAAAUGAGUGAUUUCCUUGCAUUUUGAUAUCGGUGCAGAACUCCCUAAUCCUGAAUCGUCUAACCUUUUCUCAAUUGAUAAGAUGAUUUUUCUCUCAAUCUUCCCUCUACGGGCGUUUGCUUUACUUCUACUAUCUCAGUCAACCAUAUCACGUAACUGACUAACUCCAUUGUCGAUAAUACACUGGACUAACUACUGAUGGAUAUUUACCAGUUUUAAGUUUCUGCUAAUAUCCCUCAAGUCUUUCUGGAAACAGUAUAUGCUGCUUCAUCGUUUGCUGAUGU